AUGCCCCCAGAGACGACAGCGAAGACUAGUAAUGCGCGCAGGAGGAAGCAGCUCACCGAAGAGGAGCAGCGAGACAUCGAGACGAAGCGGCUGCGGGGCGAGCUCUCGUGCGCGGAAUGCCGCAGGCUGAAGCUGCUAUGUGACAAGAAGGUGCCCUGUGCUUCAUGCGUGAGGAGAGGAUGUGAGAGCAUCUGCCCUCUAGGGACCCUGUCUGCGGGCCAGGGCACGCGCUUCAUCCUCGCGGGGACGGACAAACUUCACGCGAAGAUAGCCGAGAUGUCUCAUCGCAUACGCCAGCUUGAGGAUGGGCUUGCGAUCGUCCAGUCCUCGGUCUCCAAUGAACGGCACCCCCUCCUCGACGACAACCUUCUCAAGGUCAAGUUCGGAAGUGAAAUACUGCAACCGGUCAAGCAUGAGGAGGAACGAGAGACGUCUACCAGCCCACUGAUGGACACCAUCGGUACCCUGACCCUCAACGACGAAGGGGACUUCAAAUACUUUGGCCGAUCGGGAGGCUCAGAGACCCUCAUGCUGGCCAGCGAAGACCUGGGCAGUCCCCACGAGCCAGACAGUCCGUCCGAUGAUACCCCCGCCGACGCCUCCGUGCCACACGAUCUUCCCCGCGAAGUAAUCGAACUCGCAAACCGACACCCCUUCGCGCGUCACAACAACAGUGUCAAGUAUCUGCCGCUCAUUCAGAGCUUCCUCCCCCCGAAGCAGCAUGCUGUUCGCUUGUGCCAGUCAUAUCUCGAUCAUGCGGCCCUCUUCUUUCGACCUGUGAAGAGCGAUGACCUCUUUGAAACGUUCUUUCCAGGCAUCUACUCCUCCCAACCGCCCACGGCUCACGCGCUAGCCACAUGCUUUCUACUUUUGGCUGUCGGUUGCCUGCUCGACGUGCACUCUCCACCAUGCAGCGCGGAGGCGGAACGGUACUAUCAUCUCGGCCGCGCUGCCCUCGGCUUGCGCUCCGUUCACGACUCGCCAGAGACUUGGACGAUCGUAAGCGUGGGCCUCCUGGCCACCUAUCACACGCUCGCGGACAAGCAGUAUUCUCGGGAGAGCGCCUGGACUAUCAUGAGUACGGCUUCCAAGCUGGCGCAAAGCAUGGGGCUUCACCGUGACAGCAGUUCCUGGAACUUCGACGCGAAGGUGGUACAGCAGCGAAGGAACCUCUUCUGGGAAAUAACUGCUGCUGACGUAUCCAACUGCCUUGCCCUUGGCCGACCGCCGGCCAUACACCUCUCCUUCGUCGAUUGCGAAUUCCCUUUCGAUGAUGAGGCCACCCUCAAUCCCUCAGGCGAGCCUGAGAGCGGCUUUUGGCGUAUGAAGCAUACUUACGCCCGCGAUGUCUUCAUGCCGGUUAUCCACGUCACUCUGUCCGCACGACCUCAGCCCUACGCGGCUGUCCUUGACUUGGACAAGCGAGUGAGAAGCAUCGAAUUCCCUACCUCAUUCCGGCCAUAUGUCACUCUGGCGGAGGCAGGACCGGCAGAGUUCCAUAGCAGCGCCAUCAGCCUGAUGGGCUUCUACGCGAGCCAGCAUCGCACCGUUACCAUGCUGUAUCUUCAUCGAUCCUUCUUUGCUCAAGCACUAUUGGAUCACCCAAGCAACCCGCUCGCCAGCCCUUACGCAUUGUCCUUCCAAACUGCCCUUCGAUGCGCAUCUAUCAUCAUCAAGGGUGCAGCUCACCACUUCGAGCGCUGCGAGGCCAUCGCAGUGCGGUGCUGGUUUCUCAUGGGGCAUGUUUUCUCGGCUGCGGUUAUCGUUGCAACUGUCGCUACUCGUUCGCCGACUUCGCAACUGGCAUCUGCUGGAAUGCGGGAUCUCAGCCUUGCGAUUCAGCUCUUCGAGCGAAGCGCGCCGCAUUCGCAGCGCGCACGGAUAGGCUUAGGUGUGCUGAAAAAGAUGGCCGAGAAGGCCAGGGUGAACAGCGAGAAUGCGGGGCAGACGCAAGGAGCACCGAGCGACCUGUCGACCAUGUUCAAUCAGCACGAAGAAUCAGACGAUGAGCUGGCCAUCUUCGGUGGUCAAGCCAAAAUCCUCUCGACCUGCAAGGGAAAGAAAAGCCCUGCGGGCCAGGAUCGCGGGUCGAGGGGAAGUUCGUCGCGAGGGUCGUCAGUCGGGAUGGACACCUCUGCGCCUCGCCCUCUUCAAGUAUCGACAGACUGGCCUCCGGAGGUGCCGCCCGCAGGUUACGGGAACGGUUCGCAGCUUCGCGGUGCGGAUGGACAUCGACAGCAGCCCUUCCCAUCGACCAUGGCGGACGGACCCAUGCGAGGACCGGCAACGGUGGAGAGGCGGCCUACAUACCCAUUGCCAUCGACUUCACACCAUCCGUAUGACGCGUACACAAGUGGAUCAUCCGAUAGGCGACCGUCGGGGUCGCUGCCGCCGCUGACGUCGCCCGAGCAGAUGCAGCUGCACCCCCCGGAGCAGAUACGACUGCGCUCUCCGGAGCAAAUACACUUGCACUCGCCCGGGAACGAAUGGCCCUCGCCAACGGAUGCUUGGAGGGAUCCCUUCCCUUCUUCAUCCUCUGCAAGCUUCGGUUCUAGGUCGACCCUGCCGACGCGCUCCAUGCCUCCACUGGGCUCCGGUCCGCCAUCAGACCUUCGCCUUCAAACCUUACCUCCUAGCAUGCCCCCUCCGCCGCACCACUACUCCCUACCUAUGGACCUCCCGCCGCUCCCUCCCUCGCACCCGAGCUCGCACCCGCGUUCGCACUCAAACCACCACCCGCACCAUCAAUCCCAUUCGCAUCCGCCCUCGUCGCCCUACGCCGCGCACCCCUCGCAGAUGACGAUGUUCCACCCCGCACAGAUGAACGACUAUGGGAUGGCCGUGCCGAGCGUGGGCAUCGACCCGCCAUGGACGUCCCUCAUGCGUGAGUGCGCGUUCGGGGAAUGCGAUAUUGCGCAUCCGGGGCUGGCGGUACCGGAGUAUCGAGCGGCGGGGAGGAGGGAUCUGCCCAGCUGA